AUGGUGGAGCAGACGACAUUGGUAGGUACAUCGUCCAGUCGGUGUGCUACUGGACGGUCGGAGCUGGUCGAACGGGACCUCUUGGCGAUUCAUCUGCGCGACAUGAAAGUAUCUGAUAAUGUUCUCGACUUUUGA